GGAGGGAAACCCCGUGGAUUACAUUCAGACGGGUUGUGAGAGAAUCAGCGGUGUAACGUAGCUAGCUAGCUAGACCGAGAACACCACUAUCCCUUAGCACUCAGACGGGUUGUGAGAGAAUCAGCGGUGUAACGUAGCUAGCUAGCUAGACCGAGAACACCACUAUCCCUUAGCACUCAGACGGGUUGUGAGAGAAUCAGCGGUGUAACGUAGCUAGCUAGCUAGACCGAGAACACCACUAUCCCUUAGCACUCAGACGGGUUGUGAGAGAAUCAGCGGUGUAACGUAGCUAGCUAGCUAGACCGAGAACACCACUAUCCCUUAGCACUCAGACGGGUUGUGAGAGAAUCAGCGGUGUAACGUAGCUAGCUAGCUAGACCGAGAACACCACUAUCCCUUAGCACUCAGACGGGUUGUGAGAGAAUCAGCGGUGUAACGUAGCUAGCUAGCUAGACCGAGAACACCACUAUCCCUUAGCACUCAGUCCUGAGUAGCCAUGGUUGACAAGAGCGAGGUGGUUCAGAAGGAGCUGGUCCAGAAGGCCAAGUUGGCGGAGCAGGCCGAGCGCUACGAUGACAUGGCGGCCUCCAUGAAGGCUGUAACGGAGGAGGGCACCCAGUUGUCCAACGAGGAGCGGAACCUCCUCUCCGUGGCCUAUAAGAACGUGGUGGGGGCCCGGCGCUCCUCCUGGAGGGUGGUGUCCAGCAUCGAGCAGAAGACUGAGGGUAGUGAGAAGAAGCAGGCCAUGGCCAAGGAGUACAGAGAGAAGAUAGAGAAGGAACUGAAGGAGAUCUGUAAUGAUGUGCUGGGUCUUCUGGACAAGUUCCUCAUCCCCAAUGCUACUCCAGCCGAGAGCAAAGUCUUCUAUCUGAAAAUGAAAGGAGAUUACUACCGCUACUUAGCCGAGGUGGCUGUUGGCGAGGAGAAGGCCGCCAUCAUCGGUAACUCCCAGGAGGCCUAUAAGGAUGCGUUUGAGAUCAGUAAGAACGACAUGCAGCCCACCCACCCUAUUCGUCUGGGUCUGGCUCUCAACUUCUCCGUCUUCUAUUACGAGAUCCUCAACUCCCCUGAGCAGGCCUGCAAACUGGCCAAGACGGCUUUCGAUGACGCCAUUGCAGAGCUUGAUUCUCUGAGUGAAGACUCGUACAAAGACAGCACCUUGAUCAUGCAGCUGCUGAGAGACAACUUGACAUUGUGGACCUCUGACAACCAGGGAGAUGGAGAGGAUGCUGAGGAGGGUAGAGACUGACCUGGUCCCUGUCUGUCUGACUGUCAUCAUCCCUGUCAACUCAUCAUCCUCCUUCUAUCACCACUGAGACAGACAGACAGACGGACCACCUCAUCCAGCCCAGCACCUCUCUCUAGUUCUGUCUGUCCCAACGUCUCACUCUCCUCCAUACUUUACUCUUCUUUUGGAGUCAUUGUUGGGGGGGUUGCUUUCCAGGGAGGGGUUGGUGGGACGUCCAGCAUGGUAGGUUGAGGUGAGGGGUUGGUGGGACGUCCAGCAUGGUAGGUUGAGGUGAGGGGUUGGUGGGACGUCCAGCAUGGUAGGUUGAGGUGAGGGGGUUGGUGGGACGUCCAGCAUGGUAGGUUGAGGUGAGGGGUUGGUGGGACGUCCAGCAUGGUAGGUUGAGGGGAGGGGUUGGUGGGACGUCCAGCAUGGUAGGUUGAGGGGAGGGGUUGGUGGGACGUCCAGCAUGGUAGGUUGAGGGGAGGGGUUGGUGGGACGUCCAGCAUGGUAGGUUGAGGUGAGGGGUUGGUGGGACGUCCAGCAUGGUAGGUUGAGGUGAGGGGUUGGUGGGACGUCCAGCAUGGUAGGUUGAGGUGAGGGGUUGGUGGGACGUCCAGCAUGGUAGGUUGAGGGGAGGGGUUGGUGGGACGUCCAGCAUGGUAGGUUGAGGUGAGGGGUUGGUGGGACGUCCAGCAUGGUAGGUUGAGGUGAGGCACUUGUCUACUGACCGUAUUAUUAUUUGUGUGGCCAGCAAUAGGGUGUUCCAUGUAUGUUGAAGGGUGAGGGCAAGUUCUCAACUCAUGCAAUGUGGCAAGUUCAGGUUUAGAAUAAACCUGGUAUUCUCUACUACCUGUGUUCAUGUUAAUGAUCUUGUGCUUGACAACAUUGCUUGAUUCAUUUGUGGUUCAACAUCAGUCUGUCUUGAUUGGAGGAGGCAGCAGCGAGCGGUUUUAGUCUGUAGCUACCUAGACAACUGACAGCUACCUAGACAACUGACAGCUACCGCUAGACAACUGACAGCUACCGCUAGACAACUGACAGCUACCGCUAGACAACUGACAGCUACCGCUAGACAACUGACAGCUACCGCUAGACAACUGACAGCUACCGCUAGACAACUGACAGCUACCGCUAGACAACUGACAGCUACCGCUAGACAACUGACAGCUACCGCUAGACAACUGACAGCUACCGCUAGACAACUGACAGCUACCUAGACAACUGACAGCUACCGCUAGACAACUGACAGCUACCGCUAGACAACUGACAGCUACCGCUAGACAACUGACAGCUACCGCUAGACAACUGACAGCUACCGCUAGACAACUGACAGCUACCGCUAGACAACUGACAGCUACCGCUAGACAACUGACAGCUACCGCUAGACAACUGACAGCUACCGCUAGACAACUGACAGCUACCGCUAGACAACUGACAGCUACCGCUAGACAACUGACAGCUACCGCUAGACAACUGACAGCUACCGCUAGACAACUGACAGCUACCGCUAGACAACUGACAGCUACCGCUAGACAACUGACAGCAGGAGCAGUAGGGGAUAGUCCUGAGGCAUCUAUCGAUGGUGGUGUUGUCUGCGCCCCCAAAUGGCACCCUAUUCUCUAAAUAGUGCACUACUUUAGACCUGAACUCUAUGGGCCCUGGUCAGAAACCUGUGCACUAUGAAGGGAAUAGGGUGCCGUUUGAGAGGAGACCUUGGAUAGUUACAUUCCAUAAAACUGUCUCUCUACUGCUCCAGUUUCUUCUUCUUCAGUUUGACUGACCUGCUGACGUCAUUGUAUUUCUGUGUCAUUUAGGAGGUAUAGAAAAGUCUAGAACAAAGAGGACAUGCUUAAUACUGGGACUGUUUGAACCAGCAGAGCAGGAUGAAUUUCCCCAUAUGCUUAUCUAGUUACUGCUUUUUCCAGUUAAGGUUUUUAUUUUAAUUUAGGUUUUUUCUUUUGAUACUUGUGGCUAAGAACUAGUUAAUGGGGAGGAAAAGGAGAUUGUUGUCGGGCUGGCUAGCUUUGUCCAUGUCUUUUGGAAUUUUCAUACAAAACACCCAAGCAUAACUGUUAUCUGGAGGGAAAUGUUAUUUCAUGUAUGUGGAAUAAAAAGGUAAUUUAAAAGUU